CAAUCAGGGGCGGACUGACCAUUUGGAAACUUGGGCACUGCCCGAGGGCCCGGGGUCAGUAGGGGGCCCCAUGAGAUGCCCCUGGUACCUUUUCAUAGGCUUUUUUGAGUUUGGGCAAGGACACAGGGGCCCCAUGAUCCCCUAUUGCCAGGGGCCCCAUGAGUUGUCAGUCCGCCCCUGCACACAAUAUUGGUAGGAGAUUAGUUCCCUUUAUUUUUGCUUCCUUAUCAGCUAUACAAGAUUUGG